AUGGACCUAAACACUUGGACGUCCUCGACCCUGAAACACGCAAAAUGGGACGGUGGCGGCUGGGAGGUGGACAUUGAGCGCGUGACAGACGGGGGACGCACCGAGGUGCGAAAGCUGCAGACCAAGCACAUCAUCCAGGCCACAGGAAUAAACAGCGAGCCAAAGAUCCCCAGAGUUCCUGGCAUUAGCGAGUUUGACGGGCCCAUCUACCACUCAUCCGAGUUUACGACUGCGGAGCCAACCACGACACCCAAGAAGGUGGUGGUGGUCGGCACCGGCGUUUCCGGUCACGACAUCGCGCAGGAGUUCUCUGAGCAAGGACACGAUGUAACUCUUGUCCAGCGCGGCGCGACGUGCAUCGAUAGGACCGCAUAUGUCUACGGCCAGGGCCUGUAUUCGGAAGACGGACCCCCAACCGAGGACGCAGACUUCAUCACUCACAGUGUCCCGCUCCCAGUCUUGAAGAGAAAGGAGAUCGAGAAGACUGACGAGCACAUGAUAGAGAACAAGCAAUACUUUGAAGCACUGGAAAAGGUUGGCUACAGAAUUGACAGAGGUCCAGAUGGCGCGGGACGAAAGUUCAAGUUCAUCCAGUACGCCGGCGGCUCCUACAUUGACGUCGGCGGGCUGCAGUUGAUCAUCGACGGGCACAUCAAGGUCAAGCAGGGCGCCAUCGCGCAGGUCAAAGUUCACUCUUUGGUCUUGGAGGACGGCACCGAGCUGCCCGCCGACGAGAUUGUCUUCGCGACCGGAUUCAGCAGCAUGCUGGCGACGGCGGGAAAGAUCAUGGGCGGAGACUUUGUCCGGAAGCUCGACGAGGUCUGGGGAGUCGACGAGGAGGGCGAGAUGCGGUCCAUCUGGCGGCAGUCGGGACAUCCGGGCUAUUGCACCGCGGUGUACCUGACGCGAGUCAACAAGCUUUCUCCGCCGCGCGACAAGGUUUUUGUUCUUGGAAGCGCAGGCAUCGAGGAAGAGCUUGCAGCCGUCGGCAUCGAGUUCUCCGGCGGUACCGAUCCGACCUUCCAGCGCCAGGUGGUGGAGGAUGACUUUCGACGCCUAGCUGAAGCAUCCAAUGCCCCGAGUACCUUUGGCGCGGUUGUCGUCGGCAUGGAUUUAGACGUCAAUUUUCUCAAGCUCAGUCAUGCCGUGACACACAUACGGAACGGCGCUACAUUUCUCGCGACCAACUUGGACGCCACGUUUCCCACCUUGGGGGCCGCAUUUCCAGCGUCGGGAUCUUUGGCGGCAGCGGUCACCAAGGCUGCCAGUGUAGAGCCUCUGCUCACGGGGAAGCCGAGUCCCUUGAUGAUGGACGCCAUCUUGGCGCGCUACGGCCCGCUCGACCGGGACCGCACCUGUAUGGUGGGCGAUGGGCUUGACGUCGAUAUUCGUUUUGGGCUGGAGCAAGGGCUAGGCACGCUUCUUGUGCUCUCAGGCGUCUCGUCGCUCGAGGACCUGGAAGAUACGCGCUACAAGCCAGAAGCAGUUGUGGACCGGCUGGUUGACCUGGUACCUGAGUUUAGCGUCUAG